AUGACGCACACUAUCCCGCAGACCAUGUUCGCUUGGCGGAAGCAUAGGGGCAACCCUGAGCCCGUCUGGGAGAAGGUCCCCGUCCCACAGACGCCGCCGACAGGGGUUCUGUGCAAGAUCUUAGCUUCUGGGGUCUGCCGCAGUGAUCAUUCGCUCGUCACCAUCGAAAAGCAGCCUGCAUGGUUCCAGGAAUCCUUCACGCUCGGUCAUGAAGGCUGUGGAGAAAUCGUGGAUAUUGGGCCGGAAGUCAAGGACCCCAAGUUCAAGCUGGGCGACGUCGUCGCAAUGCAUGCUGUCCCUGGAUGCGGCGGUGCUGACUGCAACGAAUGCUCUCGUGAUUUGGCCCAACUCUGCGAGAUCGGCCAUCACUCGGGAAUCGGCCAGGACGGUUUCCACGCCGAGUAUGCAGCACUCGAUGUGAGGGGUCUGAUCCAUGUACCAAAGGGUGUGACACCCGCUGAAGCAGCCGUAUCGACGGAUGCCGUAGCCACGGCCUACCACGCUAUCACCAGGCGGGGAGAGAUCAAGAGCAACGAGACUGUGUUUCUUUUCGGCUUGGGCGGUUUGGGAUUCAAUGCGCUUCAAAUUUUGAAGAACCUUGGAUGUCGAAUCAUCAUCUCGGAAAUACGCCAGCAGCUUCUAGACAAAGCCGUAGCUCUAGGUGUCUCGCAGGAGGAUCUGGUUCCUGUUGGCAUGUCGGUUACUGAAUUCGUGGUGGACAAGGGUUACCAGAUCGAUACGGUGCUUGACUUUGUUGGUACUCACCAAACAUUUGAUGAUGCACAACACAUCGUCCGGCGAGGAGGCAAGCUGUUGUGCAUCGGCAGCCUGAACACUGAGAACACAAUUCACAUGAAGAUCGGCACACGCAAGAGACUCGUGUACAUCUUCUCUUACGGCAGUCAAGUCCGAGAUGUCGAGGAGGUCCUACAGUUGAUUGCCGAAGGCAAGAUCAAGCCUCACGUGGAAACUGGCAAGCUCAACGAGUUCGACCAAGUAUUGAAAGACCUGACGCAGGGGAAGAUUGAAUCUCGCUUUGCGAUCAUUCCAUAG